GCGCCCCUCCCGCACCCGGACCGCGGCUCCCGCCGCUACCUCCGCCCGUCCCGAGCCAGUGCCGCGCCGCCGCCGCCGCCGCCGCGAUGUGGGCUGUGCUGCCGCUGCUCUGCGCCGGAGCUUGGCUUCUGGGCGCCCCGGCCCGCGCCACCGUCGAGCUGUCCGUGAACUCUCUAGAGAAGUUUCACUUUAAGUCAUGGAUGGCACAGCACCGAAAGACUUACAGCUCGGAGGAGUACCCCCACAGGCUACAGAUGUUUGUCAGCAACUGGAGGAAGAUUAAUGCCCACAAUGAAAGGAACCACACAUUCAAAAUGGCACUGAACCAGUUUUCAGACAUGAGCUUUGCUGAGAUAAAGCGCAAAUAUCUCUGGUCAGAGCCUCAGAAUUGCUCAGCCACCAAAAGUAACUACCUUCGAGGUAGUGGUCCCUACCCAACCUCUGUGGACUGGCGGAAAAAAGGAAAAUUUGUCUCACCUGUGAAAAAUCAGGGUACCUGUGGCAGCUGUUGGACUUUUUCCACCACGGGGGCCCUGGAGUCUGCGGUGGCCAUUGCCACUGGGAAGUUGCUGUCUUUGGCCGAGCAGCAGCUGGUGGACUGCGCUCAGAACUUCAACAAUCAUGGCUGUGAAGGGGGUCUUCCCAGCCAGGCCUUCGAGUACAUCCUGUACAAUAAGGGGAUCAUGGGAGAGGACACCUACCCCUACAAGGCCAAGGAAGGUAACUGCAAGUUCCAGCCCCAGAAGGCCAUUGCAUUUGUCAAGGACGUCGUCAACAUCACACUCAAUGAGGAGGAGGCAAUGGUAGAGGCUGUGGCCCUGUACAACCCUGUGAGCUUUGCCUUUGAGGUGACUGACGACUUUAUGAUGUAUAAAAGCGGGGUCUACUCCAGUACUUCCUGUCAUAAAACUCCAGACAAAGUAAACCAUGCAGUCCUGGCUGUUGGCUAUGGAGAAGACAAGGGGAUUCCCUACUGGAUCGUGAAAAACUCCUGGGGUCCCCAGUGGGGAAAGGACGGGUACUUCCUCAUAGAGCGUGGGAAGAACAUGUGUGGCCUGGCCGCCUGCGCCUCCUACCCCAUCCCUCUGGUGUGAGCCACGACGCAGGGACAGCUGGUUGUUGGAAGAGAGGGACUGGUGGCCUAGGCAGCGCGGUAGAAAUCCUGUCAUGGAGGGAAUUGUGGGGAGAUCGACCCAGGGGUCCCUCACCUUCUACCCUCACUGCUGUUCUAAGCCUGGAAACCAAAGACAAGGAGGACAAAGAGUUCCACCAGCACUGAGCCCACCCACAUCUUCUGAUGUGACCACUGUCACCAGCCAUGUGCCUUAUGUGUGGUUUUUAACUGACUCCAACCCACAUGGACCAAAAGUACUCUUUCUUUCAGAGGGACCACUUUCACAGAGAGAGUGAUCUGGACUAUGUUUUCUGUGGCCUUUAUUCAAUAAACAUUCAGUGACCCCUGCCUGGGCCAGGCCUGGUUCAGGGGCAGCACCAGACAUGACUGGGACUGAGAUUCCUUCUCCCAGGAGGGAGCUGUCAAGGGCUGUCCCCAUCUCUGACCAGGAAGAUGGUGUGGGUGCUCAUGCCAGUGUCCACCAGGUGGGGGACCCAGAGGAAGAGCUGCCUUAGAGAUUCUGACUGUCCCAAAGGUUGGGGGGAGGGUAGAAUAAACCAUCCAGGGCUACCCUGAAAGCCUGUGCCCUCCUCAGGCUCAGUUUCCCACUUUCCUCAGACUCUGACCCUCCACCUAGGGUGCCAUCGCUUCCUCCCCAAGCCCUACCUUGAACGUGCCUGGUGCUCCUGCUCUCACCACACCAUCCCUCUCCCCUUCCCUUCCACCAAGCUGAUCUGCAGGCCUCUGGCCCUAGCGACACAUCCGUACAGCAGUGGUAGCCCUGCCCUUCUCCUGCAGUUCACAGACUCGCCUAAGAGAAAUAGAAGAGAAGACACAGAAGCUCUCAUGUUAUUUGGGUCUCCUGAAGAGCUAAAGGCUUGAGCUUAUUUGGGGAAAAAAAAUGUUCACGUCAAAACUUAGCAAAUGCAAGUGUGGUCAAGAAGAUUCUAGUAACACCAGGUACCACAACUAUGCGUCAAGACAAAAAAGCGAUCAUCUUAAUCGAAUUAGUAGUAACUGGGUAAAAUUCUGUUACAGUUUUUUAUAAAAGCCAAUAUGACGUGAAAGCACAAUUUCUUUAUAUGAUAAAGACUCCCAAAUGAAUGGUAGUGGGAUAAAAGGAGUCUCUUUAAAGGCAGAUCCAUGACGAGCAAGCCUGAUGGUGCCACUGUUGCUUAGUGUAAAUCCAGAAAGUCUGGCCACAGCUUGCCUAGCAUGCAGGAGGUCCUAGGUUCAAUCCCCAGCAACACAUACACACACAACUUAGAACUAAUGACGGAGUUCAAAAAGUGGCUGAUUACCAAAUAUAGAUAGAAAAAACUCUAAAACACUUUUUUUGUGGGACUGGGGUUUGAACUCAGGACAAAGCAGGCACUCUACCACUUGAGCCACACCUCCAAUCCAUUUUGCUCUACUUAU